AUGGAACGGCUACUAUCAAUUUCUGGAUUUGCAUUACCGGGUGAAAUUUUGGCCAUCAUGGGCGGCUCUGGUGCCGGAAAAACAACUCUACUCAAUAUUCUCACGAACAAUAAACAAGAAGGAGUCAGGCAAUCUGGCAUGGUUCUUGUGAAUGGUGAUGAAGUGGAUGAAACAACUCUGCGACGAAUAGCCACCUUUGUACAACAAGUGUGUUUAAUAUUU